AUGACGCAGGUCCUCCCCCUCCAACUGGAAGCCAACGCCGACUUCAUGCCGGACCGAGAAGCGAGCGACGUGGCAGACCCCGACUUGGGGGCGGCCGCCUUGGAAGACGACGCUAUAGGUGGUGGUGGUGGAGCAGGCGGCUCUGGAGGAGGAGGCGUGGAGAACUGGUCGGAUGAUGACAAGGAGGAGGAAGAGGAGGAGGAGGAGCCGCGCCGCCCGCCGCUUGCCGACAGGGCGGGCACAAGCUCUUCGACUGCGCCGACCGGACCAGGCGGUGGGUCGAAACGCCGUGGGGUGCUGCUUUUCGGCAGCCACCCCAAGAAGCCAAAGUACUCAGCCGCCGCGGCCAAGAACACGGCCGCUGCGACCGAGCGGCGCGAGGCCGCCGCGAAGGCGGCCAAAUUCCAGAAGGCUCCCAAGCAGCCUCCGAUGGUGGCCCCGCUCUCUCUUGAGCGGUCGACCUCGGCCUCCGUCGCCAGGACGGCGGAGGGCUCCACCAACAACCGCCAUAUAGACCCGGCCGCCGAUCUCCGGGAGGCGCAGGAGUGGAACGCGCGGGAGGUGCGGGAGGAGAAGGAAGCCGCCGCCAAGAAGUCGGAGGCCGACAAGGUGGCCGCGGCUAGGGUGGUGCAAGCGGACGCGGAUGCAGCAGCCAAGGUCCAAGCCGACGCCACGGCCAAGGGAGGGGCGGGGGAUGCCGCACGCCAGCAGAUCCCGCAACUCGUCAGCCCCCUGCGCUCCGCGCCAUCGGUACCAGAGUUCUUGGUACCGGCUGGGGGAGCCAGCGACGAGCAGCCGGUCAUGGAGAAGGGAGGCGGUGACAACGUCUUGCCAGAGAUGGAUGCGCCUCCGCAACCGCCGACCGCGGAUGCGCAGGGCAGCCAGCCAGCCACCCCAUUGGUGGCGCCAGUCGAAGGCGAGCUGGAGAUUGAGUGCGACAAGGCGGUCCAGGAGUGCGACCGCCUGAAAAAGGAGCUGAAGGAACAGGCGGAACGUCAUAAGACGGCCCUGAAGCAGGCGGAGGACAACGAGGCCAAGCUCCUAGUCGAGUUCGAGACCGAGCGCACAGGUUGGACCGAGAUGGAGGCGGCAUUGACUGCCGGCUAUGGCAAGAUUGAAGACAUAGUCGAUGGUGAUCCCUCUUCUCUUUUUCUCAGCUGUCGGCUGUUAGACUUCUUCCCUGGCAACUCCCUCGUCACCAGUCAGGCCAUUGAGGCUCGCCGCGAGGAACGAAUGGCGGGAGGUGCGCAGAUUGCCGCCGAUGCCCCUCGUACCCUUGGGGAGCAGCUCCUUAGCAUUAAGGCUCGUCUCCAACUGGCCCACCGGAUGCUCCGCCGGCUGCAGUGUGCUGGGGCUCAGGCAAUCUCUGCCCUCUGGCCAGAUAGACAAGCCCCACACACCCCCAGUCGAAGUGCCGACUGGCUGGAAGUAGCUGCCGGCCGUCUUGAGGCGUGGAAGGGCUCGGCGGCGCGAGCGGGAGCAAAGCGGGCCUUGGAGUUCGCCAAGGCGUGGUAUCCUGGGCUGGAUCUAGCCCAGUUUACCACGUUCCAGCAAGAAGCCGGUGCUGAGUUGGUGGCAGUGGAGCGUGAUCUCCGAAUUCACGCGUCGGCGAUCACCGAGUACACCAACACCGGUAUCUUCGUCCCUGAGCUGAACGAAAACCGCGUCGAGGCGCCACCUGAAUGGUUUGGGCUGAACCCGGACGACGGCUAA